AUGCCCAUCGACUUGGACAAAUACGUCCGUCCAGGCAGAUCUUACUACCUUGCGCUAGGCCUAGAAGGCUCUGCUAACAAACUCGGCGUGGGUGUCAUCAAACACAACAUCGGUGCCCUCUCGCUGGAAAAUCGUGCCGAGGUACUCUCUAACGUCAGAGAUACCUAUGUCUCUCCUCCAGGUGAAGGCUUCUUGCCUCGAGAUACCGCCAGACACCACAGAAACUGGGCAGUACGAAUCAUCAAAAGAGCAUUGAUCGAUGCAAAAGUCAAAGGCAUCGAUCUUGAUUGUAUCUGCUUCACCCAGGGCCCAGGAAUGGGUGCUCCACUACAAAGUGUGGUAAUGGCCGCCCGUACAUUGGCACAGCUCUGGAAUUUGCCACUUGUCGGAGUCAACCACUGUGUGGGACACAUUGAGAUGGGGCGAGAGAUUACCGGUGCGCAGAAUCCCGUUGUUUUAUACGUUAGCGGAGGAAAUACCCAAGUGAUUGCCUACCUGAAACAACGAUACCGUAUUUUCGGCGAAACCUUAGACAUUGCCAUUGGAAACUGCUUGGAUAGAUUUGCACGGACGUUGAAGAUUCCCAACGAUCCUGCGCCCGGCUACAACAUUGAGCAAAUGGCCAAGAAGGGUAAGCACCUAGUACCUCUUCCAUACACGGUCAAGGGCAUGGAUAUGUCAAUGUCAGGAAUCUUGGGAUAUAUCGAUGGUGUGGCCAAGGACAUGUUUGGAGCCGGAGAAUCCAUGAAGGAUGCCGAUACCGGCGAACCUAUCACCGCAGAGGACUUGUGCUUCUCGCUACAAGAGACCCUUUUCUCCAUGUUGGUGGAAAUUACAGAGAGAGCCAUGGCACACGUGCAGAGUAAUCAAGUGCUUAUAGUGGGAGGGGUUGGUUCUAACGAGAGAUUACAGGAAAUGAUGGCACUCAUGGUCAAGGAUAGAAAAAACGGUUCUGUGUAUGCUACAGAUGAGAGAUUUUGCAUUGACAACGGAAUCAUGAUUGCACAUGCUGGACUUCUUGCAUAUCGAAUGGGCCAGACGAAUGAAUUGAAUGACACUGUCUGUACCCAGAGAUUCCGAACUGACGAGGUAUUUGUUGAGUGGAGAGAUGAUUAA